AUGGCUGAGAAAAUAGUCCCCCACGAGUUGAACACCGACCCCGACCGUCUGCUCUUCGCGUACUGGGUCCCCAACGUCUCAGGCGGCCUAGUAAUCAGCAAAAUCCCCCAACGAACCAACUGGGACCUAGCGAGCAACAUCCGCUAUGCCCUUGCCGCCGAACAAGCCGGCUUCGAGUACGCCCUCACCCAAAUCCGCUUCAUGGCCUCCUACGGAGCCUCCCACCAACACGAAUCCGUCUCCUUCUCGCAAGCCAUCCUCUCGGGAACCUCGAAACUCAAGCUCAUCGCCGCCUUGCUCCCGGGGCUCUGGAGCCCCACCGUAGCAGCGAAGCAAAUCGCCAGCAUCGACCACUACAGCAACGGACGCAUCGCGGUGAAUGUCGUGAGCGGCUGGUUCAAGGGCGAGUUCACGGCCGUCGGGGAGUGGUGGCUUGAGCAUGGGGAGAGGUAUCGGAGGAGUAAUGAGUUUAUUCGGUGCUUGAGGGGGAUUUGGACGGCGGAUGAGGAGACGGGGUUUACGUUUUCGGGGGACUUUUAUCGGUUUAGGGAUUAUCGGCUUAGUCCGAAGCCGGUGCAGACACCGCAUCCGGAGAUUUUCCAAGGGGGGAAUAGCGAGGAUGCGAGGAACAAUGGGGCGGAGGUUAGCGAUUGGUACUUUAUGAACGGGAAUGACCUUGAUGGGUUUCGGGACCAGAUUGCCGAUGUCAAGGCAAGGGCUGCUAAGGUCGGGAGAGAGAAGGAUGUAAAGUUUGCCGUUAAUGGCUUUUUCAUUGUGCGGGAGACUGAGGAAGAGGCUUGGAGUGUCUUGCAUGCCAUCCAGAAGGGUGCUGAUGAGGAAGCUGUGAAUGCAUUCCGAGAUGCAGUUCAGCAGGCUGGGGCCAGUACAUCCAAUAAGACGGGCAUGUGGGCUAACAGCAAGUUCGAGGACUUGGUACAGUACAACGACGGCUUUAAGACGAAGCUGAUUGGCACGAAAGAGCAAGUUGCGGAGCGAAUUGUGUUGCUCAAGAGCUUGGGCAUUAAUCUGGUGUUGACGGCGUUCCUAAACUAUGACGAAGAGAUUGAGCAGUUUGGCAAGACUGUCCUCCCUCUUGUCAGGGAUCUUGAGAAGCAGGGCCGGGGGAAGGAUGCAGCUUAUGAAAUCGAACAAACCGGAGAUGUAUACAAAAAGAGGGAAGCUUAA